AUGUCCGGUCCUCCGGUUUCAACGCGUUUGAGCGCGGCCCCCAGCAGUAACCCGCCCUCAGCAAUCCAACAACCCAAGAUCAACAAAGGCCAGCAGAGAGGGGUUCGCAAGGCACAAAAGCCAACUACCAAAACAAAGAAAUCACAAAAGACCUCUGCUGGGAAAUUUCCGCCCGCAGAAGCCCUCCAAGUUGCAGAGCCAACAGCAACAGCAACACCACCAACAGCAGCAGCAGCAGCAGCAGCAACAGACCCAAACGAUAACACCUUUAACCCGUUACUACCCACUGAUAGCAUUAGCAGGAUCCAUUCCACCCCUCCUCCUCUCGACCGACCCGUCGAGCCACACAGAACGAACGCAACCCUCCUCACACCCCAUGGGUCUUCACUAGUCGCCUACUCGCCCGGGACGGAGCAAAUCUCGCCCAGCAAGGCGGGCCGGCCCCGUCCCACAACCACGACGGGCACACUCCUCGAGAAAGCCGUCGCGCACCUGAUCGCUACUGAUCCGCGUCUCAAGACAGUCGUCGAGAAGCACCCAUGUCAUCUAUUUUCGCCCGAGGGUCUGGCGGAGGAAGUCGAUCCUUUCCGAAGUUUGGUCAGUAGUAUAAUCGGACAGCAGGUUUCGGGGGCAGCGGCGAAGUCGAUUCGAGAUAAAUUCGUGGCGCUGUUUAAUUCGGAUAUAGAGGAUAUUACUCUGCGGACGAAACGGUUUCCAACGCCAGAGGAGAUCAUCCAGUAUGAUAUUGCUACGCUGCGGACGGUGGGUCUUUCGCAACGGAAAGCCGAGUAUAUCCAAGGAUUGGCGCAGAAGUUCGCUGCUGGGGAAUUGAGUGCCCGGAUGCUGUUGAAUGCUAGUGAUCAGGAGCUUGUGGAGAAGUUGACUGCGGUCCGGGGAUUGGGGUUGUGGUCGGUUGAGAUGUUUGCUUGCUUUGCUUUGAAACGGAUUGAUGUUUUUUCUACGGGUGACUUGGGUGUACAGAGAGGCUGCGCAGCAUUCACGGGCCGAGACAUCAACAAAAUCAAGGCAAAGGGCGGCAACGGUAAGUUCAAGUAUAUGCCUGAAAAGGAGAUGUUGGAGCUGGCCGCCAAUUUCUCUCCGUAUAGGAGCCUUUUUAUGUGGUAUAUGUGGCGCGUGGAAGGCGUGGAUAUUGCUGUGUUGAAUGUUUGA